AGGCCAAAGCAACAAACCUCCCAGCUGUUGGUGUUGGGCGCCAUUUCCUUUUCCAAGAGCUUCUCUCCCCUGCUUCGCCGGCGACACACGCCUGCUCCUCCGCCGUCUCCAUUCCUCGUCGUCGUCAAGGGCCGGCGGCAUCCGACCGGCAGUGAUCGAUUACAACAGUCGACAGUGCUUCGCGGCCUCUCUCACCAGCAGGAGACCGUGUCGUUCGAUGGGGUGCUUCAGCUCCAAGCCGGAGGACGCAAGCGUGCUGAUCAGGAGGCGGCCCGCCAGCAUCGGCGAGGUGGCCGUCUUCGUGCCGGGGCUGCGCGUCCCCGAGCCCCUGGAGCUGCCCCCGCCGCUCGCCGACAGCCUCCCCAGGCGGCUCACCGAGCGGCUGGCCGCGUCCAGGGACCGCAUUGCCAACAUGGCCGCCCGCGAGGCCCUCGCCGUCACCAAGCCCCGCAGGCGCGCUGCCACACAGCAUGGGGCGUCGACGUCGGCUGAUCUUGUGCAGGCCUUGGAAGAGUAUCUGCCAGUCAUUCUAGGGAUGGCAAAAGAUGGCAGCGAGCUGGAGGACAAGAUACAGUUUGCAUGGAUGAACCAAGAAGAUGAUGCAGAGGAGACGGCACUGCCCAGCGCCUGGUAUGAGGUGCUGUCGGUGCUGCACAUGAUGGCCAUGCUCCGUCUAUCCCAGGCAAACUCCCUGCUCCUGCCAAAGACGUCUCUCGAGGGAUACCACACCAAAGUAUCCGAAGAGAAUAAACGCGCUUCGGUCGAGGUGUUCCUCAAGGCGGCCGGGCACCUGGAGUGCGCCAUGCAGCAUGUUCUUCCCAGGAUGUCACCCGAAAAGAGGAAAGGUCUUCCUGUGGACCUGUCUGAAGGGGUCCUGAAAGCUACCUGCAUGCAAGCACUCGGUCAGGCAAUUGAUGUUCAACUUGGGUUGGCAAUUGACAGUCCAAAGGCUACCCUGGCUGUCAAAAGGAGGCUGGCAUGUGAGAUGGUCAAGUGCUGGCAGCAGGCACAUGAAAGCAUCGCAGACAUACCUCUCCUCGACGGCUGGGGCGAAAAGCACAGGCUCUUUGUCAAGUGGAAGCACAUGGAAGCAAAAGCUGCGGCGUAUUACUACCACGGGCUGAUCCUCGACGAGGGUAACACCGAGAAGUCUCACCGGGCGGCCGUGGCGGCGCUGCAGUCCGCGGAGGAGUCCCUGAGGGAGAGCAGGGCCGUCUGCGAGGCCUUCCACACCGCAUCCCCCUUUUCAAGGAGCCCGACCCUAUGGGGGUCGAUGAAGUACCUCCACGACAAGAUCCACAAGGACUCCAACUGCAAGGUUCGCAUCAACAAGGACCUCUACAGCAAUGUUGACAGGACACACGAGACAGUGCCGGCGCUGCCGGAUUUCGCGGUGGCCCUCCAGCCGGAGGAGUACCGGCUUCCUCGCACAGACGCUGCUUCUGCAAAUGACUAGCUGCUAGCUGAAGCAUGUCUGUAUGCUGGUCCUUGAUUCGCUAGAUCCUGAGUCCUAUGUGUACCUUCCCGUCGAUGGAUGGAUGAUUAAUUUGUGACUGAAUCAGAUGAUGAACUGAACCGCACAAUCUGGAAAUGCCAGUCACUGAAAGGAAUAAUACUUGAGCUAGUUUCAGCAGUUG